CACGAUCAAUCCGACAAUACUGGCUUGCUUGACCUUUCUCACCUAAACAACCAGAUCGCUAAUCUUGAUGACUACCUAACCAUAACUUGUGAUCCACCUUCCUCUCAGCAUUGACCAUCACAUACCUCCUCAAAUCAACGAAUCGCAACCCAUCGCAACCACAAGUCGAACUUCCUCGCACCGGACGACGUUCCACAUCCCCGAUCUCCACGAAACCUCAUCCUUCAGAGAAUCACCCAGAUCACGACGACAACCACGACCACGACCACCGCACUCACCUUACCUUGCCCUCGCCUUCCCCCAACGAGUGAGCAGUUCCAGCCAACCACGAACCAAGAACCAACCCAAAACACGAAAAGCCCCACCGAUCGGAAACAAAACCAUGUCUUCCAACGUCGGCCUCUCCACGCCCCGCGGCAGCGGCACCUCGGGCUACGUCCAGCGCAACGCCGCCUUCAUCAAGCCCCGCGCCACGGGCUACGGCCAACCGUACCCGCCCGUCUCCGGGGCCAACUCGGCCAGUGAGCGUGGGGGUGGCCCCGCCGGCGGCUUCAAGCAGCGGGUGCCGGAUCGGCAGAUCCUCGAGCAUGAUCGGCGGCGCGCCGUCGAGGUCCAGGUGAUGGAGUUGCGGGAGGAGUUGGAGGAUGCGAAUGAGCGGUUGGAGGAUGCGGCUGCUGGGCGGGAGAAGGGGGGGAAGGGGGCUGGGGUGAAGAAGCAGAAGGAGGAUGAGGAUGCGGAGGGUAAGGAGGAAGAGGAGGAGGGCGAGGCUGCUGAGGCGCAAGGGAAACGGGAACGGGAACGGGUGCUCUCGGAGGAGGAGAUUGACGAGCGAUGCCAGCAGUUACGGGAGAGGUUGUUGAAGGAGUUGGAGGAGGAGGAGGAGGCGGCGGAGCGGCGGCGGGUUGCAUCGCGGAAGGAGAGGGAUGGUGGCAGGGGUGCUUCGGGGUAUGUUUCUGGUGGUGGGAGGAGCGGAAGGUGGGGCAGGGAGAGGGAUAUGCCUCCUCCUUCGAAGAAGCAGUUCAAGUCGUAUCAGGUGCAUGAGUUGGCCGAGGCCAAGAUUGAGGAGAGUGAGCGGUUGAGAAGGGCGUUGGGGAUUCGCGAGGAUAGGGAGACCGGGGAGAUUUCGGGGGGCAGGCGGAGGGAUUGAUUGAUGAUUGAUUGGUUGGUUGAUUGGUUGUGGUAUUCCGGGGGUGUGGUUUUGCUGGGCUGGGUGGUUGGAUUAUUUUGAUGAUGCUUUAUUUUUUCCUCUGUAUUUGGGGUUUUUAGGAAAGGGAGGUUUGAUGGGUGUUUGGGCGUUAUACUUUUGAGGGGUUUUUUUUCCUACUGCGCCGCUACGCCGGCACUAUCGCAUAGUUGCAAAUCGCAAUGCUGGAUUCGAUGAGCACACACAGCUGUACAUUAACUAUAUUCUCAUAACUUUUUGCUUGCAGGCUUCGUCGCUAUAUAUACC